UCGGCCCUAGUAGUCAGUGUCACGUGAUUUUAAAUUUCGAUUUUUAAGAAUUAACUUAAUUAUAGAACGUUUUUGUUUAUCACAUUUUUUAGACCCAUUCGAUGACUUUUUUAGAUACCAAAAUGUAAAUUCCUUUUUACAAAUAACAAGAGCCUAACAUCUUUUUAACCUCACUUCAUUCUAAUAUAUAAACAUGAUGUAGUACCGCUCCGGAAGAUGUUCUUCAAAUAGGAAUGAUUUAUUUCCAUACUUCCAGUACUGACCACGAACUUGAAUAUUCCUUAAAAUUAGUUUUAGUUAAGGUUAGCUAUGUGUUUUGCAGCUUGUAACAGAAUUUGUCAUUGGGGUCCGCUGACUGCCAUAGCAAUUAUUAAAAUUGUUACUGGAAUGACUAUCCAUUGCAGUGGAAUGUGGUGGCCAUCCACUACUCUAAGUGGGUUUUUUAAUACGCUAUGUUUCAUGAGCCUAUCGGGACUUACGCUUUACAACUUUCUAUCGUCCAUGUACCACGGCCCUGGGUACUUACCGUUAAAUUGGAUGCCGAAGGAAAAGCAAGACUGUCAGUAUUUACAAUUUUGUGGUGUCUGCCACGGAUAUAAAGCACCAAGAUCUCAUCACUGCCGCAAAUGUGGGCGGUGUGUGUUAAAAAUGGACCACCAUUGUCCAUGGAUCAACAAUUGCGUGGGAUGGGGCAACCACUCACACUUUACAUAUUUCUUGCUUUUUGCGACGUUAGGCUGUGCCCACGCUUCUAUAGUCUUAAGUUGUUCCCUGUACAGAGCCAUCCACCGUAACCAUUAUAUUUUUAACAGAGUGACUGACGUUCCAAUAGUAUAUUUAGGUAUAUGGGGAAUGAUAUUAACAGUUUUGGCUUUAGGAUUUGCCAUAGGGGUAGUGGCAGCCGUAGGCAUGUUAUUGUUCUUCCAGGUAAGAUCGAUUUGGAGAAAUAGAACGGGAAUUGAGGAUUGGAUAUUGGAGAAAGCAAACUACAGGAGAAUGAAUUCCAAUCAAAUGUUUAUUUUCCCAUAUGACUUAGGAACAUUGCAGAACAUUCAACAAGUGUUAAAUUUGAGUUGUCAGCCAAUCGGUGAUGGGAUUUACUGGCCAGUUGUCAAAGACUGUCACCAAUAUACUUUAACGAUAGAACAAAUUGAACAAAAGGAAGAAAAAAGAUUGAAGUCACGAUUAUAUCGGGUUAUUAAGCCAGCAUCUGGUUACUGGUUCCCAAUUUUUUAUGGAUUUAAAGUGUGUUGCAGUUAUCCUUGUACCGAUGAGUCACGUCUGAAAUUAAACUGUGGCGAUCUGGUUAAUGUAACUCGAUGGAGGAAACACUGGUUGUUUGGUGAAAAAAUUCAAGAAAAUCUUCCAGAGGGCCAAGAAGCUCUGUUGCGACAAAGAGGCUGGUUUCCAAGAUGCUGUGUCAUUGAGGUGACAGAAAACUUCAACAUUCCCAAUAAGCACAAUGAGGAAAAAAAAAUAAAUUAACCUAUUUUUAAAAAAAAUCAAAGCCCCAUCCAAAUUGUAUUUUUACCUUUUAUUUUUUAUUUUACAUCAUUUUGUAUUUCUAGUCAAGUGGGUGUAAAAAUAAAUGUUUUUAAUUUGUUAACAGAGUGUUUUUUGAUGAACGCACACAAUUCAAGUGGGUAUUUUUUU